UCUGAUUUUCUGACAGAUUCUAUAAUAAGAUAUUAUUAAACGUGUGACCAUCUGUUUUUACACCUUCUUAUAUUAAGAUUGUAGUCCAGACCCAUGUAAUGGACGUGGCGCAUGUUACAAUGGAAAGACAGAUUAUUAUUGUCAAUGUCAGAAUGGAUAUACUGGAAGUAACUGUCAAACAGUGUCGACAACACCUGCUGCUAUGUUACCAUCAGGUUUGCAGCAAACUGUAAAAGAGCAUCAUUGCAAUAAAUUUGGCUUAUUAAUGGAUUUAGCUGUAGGAAAAGCUUUACAUCAGCAAGGCGCUAAAGGUUGUGAAGGCAAUUCAUCCGAUGCAGUUCUAAUCAAACACUGUCAAGCGCCUUCGUUUUCUAGAUGGCGAAGAGGACUGCAGGUCAUCAGCCAUUGUGGUCAGAUUAAUCCGUAUACACCUGUAGGUGAAUGGGACAGUACAAGAUUUACUAAUCAUAUUGGAGUAAUGACAUCUUGUCAAAGUGGGGUUAUUGAGUUGAUAUCGCAGUCAUGUGGUAGCAAGUUGAACCUCCAUAAUAUUACAUCUCAAGCAUUCAAUUCAGUAUAUACAAUUGAUUGGACGUAGUACAUUGCAUUGUCAACAACUUUAAAAAUAUAUGAAUAAAUAUUUUUAAUUCA